AAGGAGGGGUGAAAAUAAAAGAGAAGAAUACAGGAAACGGGAGGGAAAAGAGGGGAGGGAAGAGAUAUCAUAUUGUUCAUUUCUCCCUCUCAGUCUGCCAUCCCGGCUGCGGGGCUUCUUGCUCGGUGCGUCUUGGAGAGCCGAGAGAAGAGAAGAGGAGGAGGAGGAGGAGGAGGAGGAGGAGGUGGACAGCGCGAAAGAGGCGGAAUGCCCCUUUACAGGCGUCGCAUCUGACUAAAAACAGCGGAGCGAGCUCGUAAAUUCGGAAAUUGGACAGAGACGAGAGGACACAGUGUGUUUCUGCAGCGGUUCAGGUGAUGUUGGAGAACUUCUCUACAAAUCCACGCCGAUGUGUUGGAGAGACCACGGAAACCGAUGCAUCCCGGCGUUCACUAGUGUCUCCGCUCAGGCUUGCAAAUUCAACAUGGCCCAGAACCUCAAGAGUCAAGUUCAAUAAAGGUAAAGUGAGAGGGGUGGGUGUCGCUCAGUCAUACAUGGGCACGUCAGUCUGGUCUCUGUGAUCCAGACCAAGACACCCUGCAGAACCCCUCGUGUUCCACCUUUAUUGCCACCACCGCCGCCGCCGCCACCUCCUCUUUCCCUCAGUUCACACCUUGUAAAAGGUGGACGGGUCAACACUACUCUACUUCCCCGAGCGCCGUCCGAUAGGUGAGGGCGGCGAGGGCUGCGCUGUCAUUGGCUGACUGCUGGUGAGAGUGCGAUGCGGAUUGGAGGAUGUCGGGGGACUGGGAUGAAGACCUGUGUAAGAAGGCGCUGGUGUUGGUGGAGGAGCUCUGCUUCAACUCUCCGAGAGGUUACAGCCAGAGUGAACGCUGCCAGGAAUUCACCUACCUGCUGAGAGGUCGCAACAGACCGGUGGACGCAGAGAUCUCUGUCAGUCUGCUGUCGGUGAUCGUGACGUUCUGUGGCAUCGUCCUCCUCUCCGUCUCCCUCUUUGUUUCCUGGAAGCUCUGCUGGCUGCCAUGGCGGGACAAGGAAGGCGGAGGCCUGAGCCUGACGUCGGGUCUGCUGCCCGGGAGCGCCGGUGUCGGAAGCCUCGGAGGCACCGGCGGGUCGUCGCUCUUACCCCCGCUGCUGCAGAGGAAGGAGGGUCAGUCCUCGUCCUCGCUCUACCCCUCUCUGGGCCAGCAGGGCCAGCACCACCCUCAUUUCUCUGACCUGGUGGGGCUGGAGAGGGGGGAAGUUGGAGGUGUGGUUGGGGGGCCACAUGAGACCCAGGAGCACUCGUACCUGGACAUGGACUCCUACCCCAACAAUGCUGGAACUCUGAAGCUGAGCCAGACGUCUCCAGAUGUCCCUAACUCAGAGGUCGGAGCCCAACCACAUAAAGACCUGCCAAACGCUCACUCCCAGCAGCAGGUCACCGCACGGCCCAAGCCCAUGACUCACCAGCUCUCCAGUCCUGAUUUCCAUGCCGAGGAGAAGGAGCAGGUAACCAGCAUCGGGCAGAUCAAACCCGAGCUCUACAGACCCAAAGGCGACCAGGGCGAAGGCAAACAGGGCGACAACUGUGGCAAGAUCAGCUUCCUCCUGCGCUACGCCUUCAAUACGGAGCAGUUGGUGGUGAAGAUCCUGAAAGCUCUGGACCUGCCAGCGAAGGACGCCAACGGCUUCUCUGACCCCUACGUGAAGAUCUACCUACUGCCAGACAGGAAGAAGAAAUUCCAGACCAAGGUCCACAGAAAGACCUUAAACCCAGUGUUCAACGAGACUUUUCAGUUCGGCGUGCCGCUGAAUGAGCUACAUUCCAGGAAGCUGCAUUUCUCCGUGUACGACUUCGACCGCUUCUCCAGACACGACCUGAUCGGCCAGGUAGUGGUGGACAACCUGCUGGACUUCAGCGAGGGCAGUGGGGACAAACCAGUCUGGAGGGACAUCGUGGAGGGCACCGCGGAGAAGGCUGAUCUCGGGGAGCUUAAUUUCUCGCUGUGUUACCUGCCCACUGCAGGCAGGCUCACCGCUACAGUCAUCAAGGCCACCAACCUCAAAGCCAUGGAUCUGACCGGCUUCUCAGACCCGUACGUGAAGGCCUCUCUGAUCUGUGACGGGCGAAGGCUAAAAAAGAGGAAGACCUCCAUCAAGAAGAACACACUGAACCCCACGUACAACGAGGCGCUGGUGUUUGACAUUCCCAACGAAAAUAUAGAAAGCGUGUCCAUCAUCAUCGCGGUGAUGGACUAUGACUGUAUCGGUCAUAACGAGGUUAUAGGGAUGUGUCGUGUGGGCAGCGAGGCUGAAGGUCCAGGGAGGGAGCACUGGGCAGCCAUGCUGGCCAAUCCACGCAAACCAAUAGAGCACUGGCAUCAGCUUGUGGAGGAAAAAGCAAUUGGCACGUUCGUGUCGAAGAGUGCUACAGCAUCCUCCCCUAAGCCGCAUAUCGUGGUGGACAGUCCUCACUCCGAUUAAAACUGUCAUUCUCAUCUCUCCAGCUCCAGACUUUCUCCUUUCUUUCCUCUCAUCUGUGAAUAAUUCUCUCCAUCAAAGAAAGAGAGAGACGCAGGGACACCGCUAGUGUCCAACUGCUAGUGCCGUCUUUGCUCCUGCUAAUGAAUCCUCCCAAGUCCUGUGCUGUCUUUACCGAGCCGGGAGUCCAAAAAAAAGAAAAAAACGAAUAAAUAAAUUUAAAAAAAUACAACGACAUCCAUCAUAAGCUACACUUUGAGCAUCAGACUACACAUUUACAGACACACAAGACACUAAAUGGUACAGUAGGACUGAUAUCGGGUGUAAAUUUGGGAUCAUAUAACUCACACACACACACACAUAUACACACACGAAUACACACAGAGUUAGUAGUAUGUGCGUAGUUCAUGUGUGCUUCAGAUUAGUGUAGUAUUUCAUCUAGGAAGGAGUGUGAUGUGACAAACUUUUCUCUCUUGAAAACAAACAAAAAAAAUUAAAGAAAAAAAAAAAAAAGAAAGCCAUCGUAGAAUGGUCAUUUCAACCAGGACCAAAGGUUCAUGCCCUUGUACAGACUAUAAAAGAAGAAAAUCACUAUGUCGAUAUUUUUCUUUGCAACAUUUUGGUGUACAGUCUACGCCGUACUGUCUGGGAAAACAUCUCACGUAGUACUUAGCAGGACGAAACACCUGAGGUGGAUUCCCCCCGGCCAUUUUGGACGCCUUCUCCAGAUGCCGUACCCUCUUGUUUCAAGACUCUUCACUUAUUUUUCCCCCAGAGGAAAGACGACGAAGCAUCCGGUGGUCUUUAUUGAUGUCAGAGGAGCGGGAAAAACUUGAGGACGGACUCAUCGGUUUAAGCAUGUUAAAGCAACCUUGAAAUGUGUCCCUCUUUGUCACACUCCUCAUGGUGCUCAUCGGUAUCGUUUUUUAUGGUUUUGCUUUGUCGUUUGUGUGACACUGUAUACAUCAAAUCAUCCGAAAAGGAGUUCAUUCAUGCCAUUUUUUUAAAAAGUCCACCGAGGAUACGAUGGCGUGAGCUCCUGAGAGAUUAUGGACUAGUUGAUCGUCCUCUGCUUUCUGGCCAAACACGGCAGACUUUUCCUGAUGUAGGACUGCACAGGUGGAACGAAACCUGCCUUUUCGGAUCGGACCAGCAUCUGUUUGGAUUGCACUCGCUGAAGGAUGUAUUCCACAGGGAAGGAUAUCACCACUCUACUUUAUUUUUCUAUCAUUCCAGGACUUCUUCUUCUUCUUCUUCUUUUUUUUUUUUUGUUGUUGUUUCCUCUUCUUCUCUCAAGAAGUCAUCGUCCAGCUUCGACUGAGAAAAAAAGAGAUCUUCAAAGUCCACAUCACGCCUGUGACGAGACUUUAGAAGGACACACACACGUCCCGUUGUUGCUUUUACUAGUGUGUGUUUCCGUGUUUGUGGGCGUGUUUGUUUUGUAUUUGUGCGCGUCCGUGUGUGUGUGUGUAUGCCUGUGUGUGUGUCACUGUGACCUUGUGUGUGACACGUUCCUGUGCUCACCUCCUCCCUCCCUCCCUCGUCCUUCUCCUGUCUUUGCCUCCCCCCCUCCUCACACCUUAAAUCCCGGCAUCCACAGACUGAAAACGCUCGUCUCCGGAGCCAAAUGUGUCUUCUGUCCUGUGUCUUUACAAGGAGCCAUUUUGUGUGUAUGUAUGUGUGUGUGUGUGUGAGAAUGUGUGUGUGUGUACUAUACGUGCCUCAUUGCACUAGGUGGGGAAACACUGUCUUUCAUAGACAUUAGUUUGUAUUGUCUAUGUCGUCUCUGAAAAUCAGCUGCCAAUCAUUCAGCCCUCCUCUCCUCUCUAACCCUUUGCCUGAUGUAAGUAACCGUGUUGAUCGUGUACUUCUUUCAGUAAUUUGUGUACUGUAUGUCCGAGGGGGGAGCAAAAAAAAAAAAACAGAUGGCACAGUGAUUGAAAAUUAAAUUGUUGGGUGUGUUUUGAUUAAAUUUACGAGGUGGAAAACAAAAAAAAUGAAAGAGGGAAAAAGAAAAAAAAACAUCCGAGGCUCAUUUGUUACAGCCUACAGAUCGUGACAAAUUUAGAUCCCCUUAAAGCAAGACAACAGGGAGGAGGUGUUAUGAGAAAACGAGCGCCUGGACUUUCUGCACUUCCUGAGUAAAAAAAAAACAAAACAGACUUCUUAUAAAGCCAUGUCUGUCACCGCUACUACUACGACUACUACUACCGUAACCUCAGCAAAACAACAGUACAACACCUCACUACAGCUACUUGUAUUGCUAUCGUUGCCAUUUCUCUUUCAUCCUCUCUCACACACACACACACACACUUUUAAUGGAAGAGUGUGUGUGUGUGUGUGCGCGUGUGUGUGUGUGUUUCAGUGGGAGGGAUCUAGUUUCUUUCUCUUUAACUCUCAGACCGUGGAAGUGCAGUGAGACUUGUGCUUGAUCGGGUGGUGGUGGUGGUGGUGGUGGUGGUGGUGACCUGACACAUCCCGCCAUCAUACCUGCAAGUAUUCUGUGUGGUUUGUCAGCUGGGGGAUUAUUGACCAGCUUGUAUAAGUAGAUAUGGUAUUGAUCCAUCGGUCUCCAGGCCCCAUAACUCUCUCUCUCUUUCCCAGCCUCCCUCCCUCUCUCUCUCCCUCUCUCUCUCUCUCUCUGCUUGUGUCUACCCCUUUCUGUCCCUCGUGUUACCGCCUGGUGAUAGAUUACAAAACUGGUAGCGUUCUCUCCUCUCCUCCCGUCGUCCGCCUCCUUUCUUUCCGUUUCUGAUCACCGUCUGAUAACUCAUCCUCUCGUUCUCCGGCAAACCCUUUCACCUUUCCUCCUCCCCCCUUUCCUCACCUAUCCCGUUUCUCGCCCUCGUCCCGUCCUCUAUCUCACAUCCCUCCAUCUUGCCUUCUUUCUUUCUGUGUUCGACACCCCCCUCCUGCUCCUCCUCCUCCUGCUCCUCCUCCUCCUCCUCCCUCUCUAUUCUCUCUCCUCUCUCUCGCUGUCUUCUCGUGUUAGUGCAGUUCUGAAUGGUCAUGGGGAAACAUGUUUGCAUGCUUAUAUUAACAUGAAUGAUGUCAACUUGAUGCAAUGAAAAAUUAUAUAAGUGAUGCUUUAAGCAAAAUCUGACAAUGAACUUGAUACUAAUACUACUAAUGACGACUCAAUGGAGACCUAGCAAUUGUUUAUCUCUGUGGUCAAAAACAACGAUGAUGAUGUAUUUAUCUUUCUCGAAUUGGUAUUUUCUUUUUUGAUUUUCAAAUGUUUGGGGGUUUUUUUUAUAUAUAAUUUAUUCAAGAGGUUUACUUUUUUAUUGGUUAAUGCUGAGAAUUUGAGUGAGGGGUUCAGUCGGGACAGCUGUACCAGGUCGCAGGAUUUAGGUGAAUGUGUAAGUAACAGUGUGGCUGAAGCAAUGAUAAUGGAAAUAAAGGAUAUGUAUCAUCCA